GAAAGACACUUAGCAGGUGGGUUGGCUUCAGCAUGUGCUGGUGCUUAAGUCUUCAAGAUACGGCUUAUUAACAGCAAAACUUCUGUGGGUUUCUGACAGCAGGCUUCCUUAUUGAACGUCUGUGCUGUCCAAUGGAUCGAGAUGAGCUCUCAGACCAGCUGGGCAUUCUUUGCGAUCAGGACAUGAUGGGCGACACGCCCAUCAUCGACCUCCCAUCAUCCCAAAGUCUCCCUUCACUGCGCGACCCCGCAGGCGACAGCAUCUACACAGAGCUUCGGACCGUAGAGGGCGAGGUGGACGGCUCGGGUGUGUGGUUCCCCGUCGGGAAGAUGCUGGAGGUUCCAGCUCCGAUGAUGGCAAUGGCUCCCGCUUUAGAGCCACCGUGCAGUCCUGGUUUCAUGAUGCCUUACAGUCAUGGCCUGAGUCUCCCCUAUGAAUGGUCUGCCAGUCCCUUUCAUGCUCACCUGUAUGAAGAGCCAGCGAUGAUGAUGCAACCUGAGGGUGUGAACUUGGCUACAAUUGGACACCUGAAAAAUGAUGUGCCACAAAGAAAUCAGUUUCCUUGUGUUGCUGCGCCAUCACCAAACCCAUCCAGAUCAAAGAACGGGAAAGGUGAGAACCAACGGGAUGAAAAGUACAUCAAGAAGCCGCUAAACGCCUUCAUGCUGUUCCGGCAGGAGCAGAGGCCCAGGGUUGUCGCUGUGUUCAACAUUCGAAACAGCGCUGAUGUCAACAAAGUGGUUGGACAGAUGUGGAAGUCAUUGCCAAAAACAGAGCAGAGAAGGUACUUUGAGCUUGCCGAUGCUGCAAAACUCCUCCACACCCAGCAGCAUCCCGAUUGGUCCUGCACUGAAAAUUAUGGUAAAAAGCGAAAGAGGCAAAGGGUCAAAGUUAACGGACAGCAACGGUCAAGAGGACACUUGCCAGACCGCAAACCCAGACUUGGCGUCGGUCGAGGCUCGUGCAACAAAGGAUGAGGGUCGUCAGAAGGCGGCCAAGUCCCAAAAGCAGCUGCGAGUGAUGCUGGAGUUUAUGCUUUAACCCAACAGCCUGCCGUCCUUCACUCUGUUUCUUAAAGGUUCAAUAAAACUAUUCGGAAUACCGAAUUUGAAAUGUAUGUACCGGAAUUCUUGGUCUUUUGGUUCACUUUCCGUCCACAGCAGUGGCUUAACUUUGACGUGAAAGGUAGGAGAGGGAGAGGCUGGACAAUUGGUACUUUGUGGGCAGAGUGUGCGGGGU